UGUCUCUGAUAGUCUGUGACACAUUUUAGUUUUACUCUAUAAAGUCUUUCAUUUUUAUUGCCUAUUAUUUAUAAAAUAAAUAUCUAAUAAUGGUGGACCGUUUAGUAAAUAGUGAAGCCAAUUCGAGAAGAAUUGCAAUGGUGGAAAAUUGCUUCGGUAGUUCAGGCCAGCAAUUAGCAGAACAAGGCAGGGUCCUCGUGGGAGAGGGCGUCCUUACAAAGAUGUGUCGAAAGAAACCUAAAUCACGUCAAUUCUUCCUCUUCAAUGAUAUAUUGGUGUAUGGCAACAUUGUUAUAAACAAAAAGAAAUACAAUAAACAACAUGUCAUUCCACUUGAAGAAGUGAAGCUGGAAUCACUGAAAGAUGAAGGAUAUAACCGCAACGGCUGGUUAAUUCGCACUGCGUCUAAGUCGUUCGCAGUUUAUGCCGCCACAGCCACUGAGAAAGAGGAAUGGAUGGCACAUAUAGACAAAUGUAUAGAGGACUUGCUACGAAAAAGUGGCAAGCAACCACCAUCAGAACAUGCUGCCGUGUGGGUACCUGACAAUGAAGCCUCUAUCUGUAUGCAUUGCAAGAAGACACAAUUCACUGUCCUCAACAGAAGGCAUCAUUGUCGCAAAUGUGGCUCUGUGGUGUGCGGGCCGUGUUCGUCCAAGAAGUUCUUGUUGCGUGGCCAGAGCGACAAACCUCUGCGUGUGUGCCUACAGUGCUUUGACGAGCUCAGCAAAGAGCGCGUCCGCCCGCCUAACCAGCCGCCAAAUCUAAGCAACAGCCCAUCAAAACCAGUGCCAGACACUGCAGGCUCCGGAGGCGACUCAUCACCUGAUGAUGAUGACAGUGAGGAUGAUGAUGAGCGUGCCAAUGAAGAAGAGAAGCACGAUGAGCCAAAGUUCUACGGUGACGGAGAUAAGACUGAAGACACCAACAAUCAUUCGUCCAAGGAGUGAGGCGCUUUAGAUACUUCGCUGUCCUACAGGCCUAUACGAUUUUAUAUACAACUAGACACAUUUCCAUGUUACUGUUUUUCUUAUUAGUAUUUUUACUAACAAUCCGGAUGUGUAUUCUCUCACCAUAAAGGCCUUUUCUAAAUUAGGUAUAUUGUGCUAGUUGACAUUUUUCCACGAUUUUCUACGUGUAAUUUUGAUAAAAAAAUAUUGUUUGUUACAUUAAAAUUUCUUAAAAAUCUACUUAAAGUAUGAGAUACACCUACGUUCAUUUAAACGUUAUCACAGCUGUAUCUCUUCAUAUAUUGUUUUUGUUAUGCAGCUUUAAAACCGCUCAAAUAUAAAACGAGGGGUCAAUUUUAAUUUAAAUUAUAUUUAUUAUAUACAAAUGUAGAUUAGAUAUCAUAUCACGGUUCUAAUUUUUGUAACAUUGUUUAGUCUUAGUCAUAAUGUUAUGUCAAUACAUAUUUAAUAUUUACGUGAGUUAGCAUAUUUUAUUGUAAACUUUAUUAUAGUUUAUAUUUUGCUAUUAUAAUUGUUGAUCAUUGCAAUUUAUUUGUGGCGCUGCUUUGAAAUGUACUAAAACUAAAUAUCUUAAGUUCGCUUCAUUUUUGAUAUAUUUCAAAUAGUCGAUAUCGUACAUCAUCCGUCUGAUAUUAGUGAUAUAACUUUAGGGAAAAUGACGUGUAUUCUAAAUAUUUAUGUCAUAAAAUUUUCAUUUGUAUAGCAUUUAUAUUAUUACUAUAUAUUUUACAAACUAUUUUUUAACGGUACACUAUUUUUAUAUUAUAAGCCAUUUAUAGUGGAAUAGUAUGUGAAAAACGAGCCAUUAUUUCUAUGUUUUUUUCAAGUUAAGACGUUGAAGGUAAUAUAGAAAUAAAACGAAUUCUCAUUAUAUUUAGAACCAAUUUCUACGUGUUGAGUCCAUGAUUAAUUUACUCUCCCUUAGCUGAUUAUCAAUUCCGUAUUUUGUAGUAAAUAUUUAUGAAAAGUUUUGUUUCUGAAAUAAUAAUAAGGAUGCAUAAUUUUGAAUUGCACUAUUAUAUGAUUGAUAUUGUAUUUCAUGGAAAGACAGCAAUUUGACUAUCUUUCAAACAAUAUUUGAAUCGAUGAAUUAAAAAAUUUAAAUCUUUUUUGUGUACUGUUAAUAAUUGUAUAGCUUUCAUUCUCUUUCUUGAUAGAAUAUGCGAAGUACGACGACAUACAUUACUGCAUAUCAAAGCAUCACACACUAUUUUAGUUAUCUGAUAUAUUUUGUAAACUAAUGCUAUUAUGUUGUAUGUAUAUUAGAACUUUAGAAAUAAGCGGUGCAAUGUGUAAGUAUUUGUUUCAUUUGAAACACUAUUAAGCUUCAUCAAAGAGAACGCGGAAAACCGCAAAUACAAUGACUUAUUAAUAAAUGCAUAAAAUUAAUUGAAAAGAUAAUAUUGUAUGCGUUGUUUGCGGUCUCUUUGCGUAAAGCAUGUUAUAUAGUAGAUUAUUAUUGAAUUUAAUGUUCAUAAAAUUCACAAUAUAAAAACAAAGUUAAGGAUUUAUUUAAUAACAUAGGCCUACAUGUUAACAAGUUUUAAAUACAAAAAAUAUUACUAAGUGUAAUAUCUUAAGAUAUUUUUUAAUAUUCGGUUGACAAAUAUACAAUAAUAUUUUUAA